AAUAUUGGACUUUGGCCAAUGAUAAUCCAUAGGCAAAUCCUUUGGCUUCGUCUCUCCCGUUCUCUCUCUCUCUCCACCACCCCAGUCAACACGGCCGGCUUCGCAGAAAAACCCUAAAUUCCCAACCCCAGUUCGAUUGAUUUAUUUAAUCGCAAAUUGAAGGUCAACGAAACUAAAUAAAAGCCAGCUCCGCCGGUCGUGCUGCUCAAUUUUUGGUUUUUGCCCGUAGAAAUGUCGUCGGAGAUCGAGGUCGUCGAGGAUGAGGUCCAAACCGGUGAUCCUGGAUCCGUCUCAGCCAAUUCAACGAACAACAAUGGCGACGCCAAUCGGAUUGGGGAAGAGAGUCUGCGAAACGACGUGUAUACGGCGGCUGCGUAUGGAGAUUUGGAGAAGCUUCAGAGAUUGGUGGAGUGUGAGGGUUGCUCUGUUUCCGAAACCGAUGGUCUCGGCUACUAUGCCCUCCAGUGGGCCGCUCUCAAUAACCGCACUGCCGCCGCCCAGUAUAUUAUUGAGCAUGGAGGAGAUGUGAAUGCCGCAGAUCAUACGGGGCAGACAGCAUUACACUGGAGUGCGGUGCGGGGUGCAAUCCAGGUUGCGGAGCUAUUACUGCAAGAGGGUGCUCGGGUGAAUGCUGUCGAUAUGUAUGGCUAUCAGACAACACAUGUUGCGGCUCAAUAUGGUCAGACAGCUUUCCUGUACCAUAUUGUUUCAAAACGGAAUGCUGACCCUGAUGUUCCUGAUAAUGAUGGGAGAAGCCCUUUACACUGGGCUGCUUAUAAAGGUUUUGCUGAUUGCAUACGUCUUCUUUUAUUUCUGGAUGCAUACAAAGGACGCCAAGAUAAAGAGGGUUGCACUCCUUUGCAUUGGGCUGCUAUCAGGGGUAACUUGGAGGCAUGUACAGUGUUGGUACAGGCUGGAAAGAAGGACGACUUAAUGGUUACAGACAACACUGGCCUUACACCAGCACAACUUGCCGCUGAUAAGAAUCACAGACAAGUUGCCUUUUUCCUUGGGAAUGCUAGAAGACUGCUUGACAAACGCUGUGAUGGGAAUAGUCGUCUUGGAGGAAUUUCAAAACUAGGACUUGCGCCACUACUUUGGUGUAUAAUCUUUGUGCUGCUGGUGACCUAUACUCAUUCUGUCAUUAUGGCACCAAGUCUGCCAAAAUUAACAGCUGGAUCAGUUUUUGUUGCAUGGCUAGGAGUUUUCCUAGCAACAUCCGGGCUUGUUAUGUUCUAUAGAUGCAGCAGCAAGGAUCCAGGUUACAUCCGAAUGAAUGUCCAUGAUUCACAAAAUAUGAAAGAUGAUGAGCCUCUUUUGAAGAUUGAGAUAAAUAAUCCUGCCUUGCUAGCUGGUAAUUGGUCUCAGCUCUGUGCAACGUGCAAGAUUGUCAGGCCUCUUCGUGCAAAGCACUGUCCAACUUGUGAUCGUUGUGUUGAACAAUUUGACCACCAUUGCCCCUGGGUAUCCAAUUGCAUUGGCAAGAAAAACAAAUGGGAUUUCUUUGCUUUCCUUGUUCUGGAAGUUUUGGCGAUGCUGUUUACUGGAGGGGUUACUCUUAUGAGAGUUUCGAGCGAUCCAUUGUGUCCAUCUUCUUUUGGAGCAUGGAUCAAUUUUGUUGCUACUAGACAUGUGGGUGCUCUUUCAUUUUUUAUAAUGGAUUUCUUCCUCUUCUUUGGCGUGGCGGUUUUGACCGUUGUCCAAGCUUCUCAGAUAUCACGGAAUAUUACAACAAACGAAAUGGCAAACAUGAUGCGCUAUAACUACCUUAGAGGCCCAGGUGGUGGGUUCAGAAAUCCAUUCGAUCACGGAAUAAGGAAGAAUUGUUCGGAUUUCUUGAUCAAGGGUUACAACGAAGAUGUGGAACACAUUGAAGAACCGGCUCAUGAUGAGGAGGGAAUUGGAAUGAGGGAUAUAAAUUCUUCAAACUUGCAGAAAGGGGACGCCUAUUCUCACCGCAGAAACGGCAACAGUCACGUUGUAAUCGAUGUAAAUUCUAAUUCGACACCACAUCACGGUCACGUUCAUUCUGCCCAUUGCAGCCAUAGUAACAACCACGGGAAAUCGAAAACUGAAAACGUUCCAGUAGGAUUGGGUCUUGGCCUGGGACGGAACAGUGCCCGGUCUGUUGUAGCUUCAUGAUAGUAAUUUUGAUGGCCUGAGUGUAGCUGAAGAUCUGUUGUGUAUUAUAAUCAUAUUUGUACUUCAGCCUUUUUUGUAAGUGAUUGUCACUCCUUAUAAAAGCAAUUUGUUUAAA